AUGAACGUUCCGAUCGCAUCAUGCUUCCAGCAAAGGGUCGCGGGAAUACAAAACAUUUUGUGCUUAUGCACAGUAGAUUUUACUCGUGUAUUGGUGUCCUGUUUGGGCACCACGGAUCUAUUUCUAUUGGAUGUUGGUAGCAACGCCAUCGAAAUGGAUUAUAUUUAUGUGGUCAAUUUAGGAGCGCCAGCAACCAAAUUAAGGCAUGUUUUGUCAAUGGAUGUGACGUUUGUUUUAAGUAAUGGUGUGCUUUAUUCGGCUACCUUGAGGAAAAAAGCAAUGAAUUCUCCUCAAGAAAUAUUUACAUUGAGCGAGGGAAUAGUUACAGACUUUGAUAUUGUUAUUUUGAAGGAAGGUGCGUGUAUUUCCAUAUUGGAAGCACCUGAAAUAUCCGUGUUUUUUUACACGAGAAAUGGCAAAUUUUUGCUUAGCCGAUUUAACGCAGGAAAUAUUAGUUCAUGUAACUGGGUAACAACGGAUUGUUUGUGUUGCUCAGGAGAAGGUAUUUUACAUAUUUACGGUGCUGAUGGUUCAUACAUGCAUCGUUUGGGUUCACAGACAGCACCAGCACGCUGUGCGAUUCCCCUAUUUGAGUGUUUUUCUUCAAAUGAUAAGUCAUCGUGCGCCAAUAAAAAGAACGCUUUUGCUGUUCUUUUUGAAAACAGUGAGUUGUACUUUGCGUAUUAUUUUACUUUGUUUUCUCAGGUUGGCGAUGUCUUUACGGGAACUUUUAGAUUUCCAAUUUUUAGUAGCUCAUUGCCCACGUGUAUUUUUUCUGUUGGACCAUGGAUUUGUGUUAGCAGUUCAUUUGGCUUGGAGUUCUAUGAUCAUAAAACUGGUUCUUAUGCUCAAUCAGCAUUGGAGAAUGAAUCUUCUGCUAGUUACUCUUUUGCAAAUAUUUCUUUUGAUGCUACCCUUGUUCCAAGCGAUAUUCUUUACUCAAGAUCGCGAAUUGGUGUAGUUGUUACGAAAAAUGCUCUUUAUGUAUUGUGUUUGCGAUCAAUUUUAGACAUUGUUGAUGAAUUGAAAGAUGAUGCCGCGUUUCACACAGUUUUGUUGGAAAGUUUAAAGAGUUUUGGUGAAUCCGUUCGGGCGACAAACAUUACGCGGUCCUACUGUCGAUGUGAUACCAUAUCGAGUUUAAGUAUUUUGUUUUCGGAUUACGGUUCAAUUUUGGCAAAAUUUCGUAUUUCCCUAUGGGAAUUUAAAUCUCAAAACAGUGAUGUGGGUGAAAGUAAGAAACAGGGUUUAUCAUGUGCCAUUUGUGGUUUGGAAAGCUUUUUUGGUUUGAACUUUUAUAACUGUGCGUUGUGUCACCUGGUUGUGUGUCGAAAAUGCUCAUUUUUGCGAAAUUUGCGUCUGUAUGGGUAUUUCACUAUGAGCGGAAAAGGUGUUCUUUGCGCUCACUGCGAUGGAGGAUGCGAUCUUAACUUGUAUCGAUUGUUUAUGUCUCGUCGAUAUAAUCAAAUUCUUCAUUACAUGGAAGAGUAUCCGGAAAGAUGUUACAAACUAUCUCUUUCUGAAGUCAUUCCUUCCGUUCUUCUUCAAUGUUUUGGGGAGAGAAAAUUUGAUCUUUGCGCGGAAUUGAUUGAAAAAUACAUUCCCAAAAAUGAUAGUCUUUGGGACCAAUGGGUAGUUCGAUUCAGUGUACAGAACCAGAUUGAGUGUCUAGCUCGUGUUCAUAACCCUAACCGUACCGAUCAAGCUAUAAAUACAGGUCUUUUACUCCAACUUGUGAAAAGUGUCAGUUAUGAGUUGUAUGUGCUUUUACAACAGUGGCCUGGUAAUUCAUAUAGUGCGGAAAUGGUUUUACAUGGUAUUCUCUCGCGUCUUUCAUACAAGAAGCAGGAAGCUUAUGAUUUGCAGGAAUCGUGCCAAUGUGGUCCUUUAAAUUCAUUAGAAUGGCAGAAUGCUGUAAGCGAGAUUUAUUUCGAUGAUGAUAUAUAUCAAUUGCUCCGGGCUUAUCUUUACAUUUGUUUUCAAAAUGAAAAACAUUUGGAUGCUGCAAAGGGUUAUAUGGAGUAUUUUGUCAUGAUGCUUCCUUUGACAAAAGAACAACGUCAGCGAAGUUAUGAAGUUUUUGAAGACAGUAUCUUGCGUGGAGAAUCUUUAAGUGAAUUUCCACCAUCAGAUCUCAUUAAUUUAUGGGAUUUAUUGACAAGCCAUGGUAUUCUUGAAGAAUUUAUUUGGUUGAAAGAUUCUGGUGGUAAGACUCUUUUUUUGAUUCCGCUUCUUACUCAUUAUCGUGAAGAAUUUGUUCGAUAUUUGAUUGAUUCUGUUCAUACCGAUCUUCUUGAAGAUAUAUUACAGUCUACCGUUUAUGAGUUGAAAGAUCAGCCUGUAUUACUUUUAAAUGUACUGGAUUCCAUUACGAGAAUUUCUCCUUUGGCAACACGUUCUUAUCAUUCGCUUAUGACGGAGCUUUACUUGGAGCAUGCCCCAGAGAAAUUAUUAUCUUUUAUUCAACAUCCUCAGGUGGGUGGAUUAAAUUUGAAAAAACUUGCCAGAAUUGUUGAAAAUCGAAAGAUGUUUCGAGAACUUGUUUAUCUUGUUGGAAAAACUGGUAAUGAUAUGGAGGCCAUUCGCAUGGCUAUUCGAUGUAUGAAGAGUGUUCCACUUGCGAUGGAAUACAUUAAGGAUCACCCUGAUGAUACUCGGCUUUGGGACUUGGUUAUGACGAAUGUGGUUCAAUCUCCUGUUCUUAUAGCUGAUUUUUUGGAAGCGGCUGGUGACCUUGUGGAUAUGAAGGCAUUUUUGCAGUCCAUUCCCACUCCAAAUCGUCUCAAUAUUUUUCAUGGAGGGCCGCGUUUAAAGAAAGUGCUUCAGGGUAAAUCGUGCUUUGAACGCAUUGCGAGGUCCUCUGUAGAUUCUAUCUCCGUAGAUAAUUACGUUUCACUUGUCCGAUUGAGACAGCAAAAUUGCAGGGGGGCGCGUUGUAUACCAGGGGAUUUAUGCAGUUUAUGUGGUCAAUUAAUUUUGGGGGAAUACAUGGUAACUAGCUCUGGAGCAGCGUUUCACUCUGGUUGUACUCCUCCUUUGUCUUUGCAAUACAAAAAACAUGAAAACAAGAUAAAUCAUCAGUAUGGAAGGCCCAGCAAGAAUCGUCGAGAUGUCUCCAAAAUGGAUUACAUUGAGUAUCAUACUAAUAGGUCUCUAUGCACCUCUAAUCCAGUUAAAUUAUUACCAGAAAAGGAAGUUUAUCGAAUUCUUUCAUUUUUGUCUCCAAAUGAACGAGAGGUUUUUCGGGACGUGAGUCGUGAAUUCCGAAAGGUCGUUAAAUCUUUUCAUAUCUUUGCCAAGAGAGAAGACGAUAAUCUAUUUGGUCGUUAUUAUGCUCGAUUGGAAACUGUUGGGGAGAAUAAUUGCCGGUGUACUUUGCAGUUGGGAAGGGUGCCCAUAUUUAAGUCCCUAAGAGGCGCACAACGUUAUCGUGUCGAUACUGUUAAAUUAUAG